AUGGCAUCCGCCCACACCCCCCACAUGCGCGAGCGCAUGGAAGAGCUCGUGCGCCGCAAGCAGCGCGAGAUUACAGCCGCGUUCGAGGCGAUCGACACGGUCAAGUUCAAGGCCGACUCCUGGGAGCGCAAGGAGGGUGGCGGCGGCACGUCGUGCGUGCUGCAGCACGGCACCACGUUCGAAAAGGCCGGCGUUAACGUCUCGGUAGUCCACGGCGAGCUGUCGCCGGCAGCCGUCAGUGCCAUGCGGGCCGAGCACAAAAACCUGCACCUCCCCACGGACCCCGUGACCGGGCAGCCGGCGGCCGGCGUGCGCUUCUUCGCCUGCGGCAUUUCUCUGGUGAUGCACCCCGUGAACCCCCACGCGCCGACCGUGCACCUCAACUACCGCUACUUUGAGACGUGGGACGCGGCGGGCAAGCCGCAGACGUGGUGGUUCGGCGGCGGCUCGGACCUGACGCCAAGCUACCUGUACGAGGAGGACGCGCGGCUGUUCCACGCGGCGCACAAGGCCGCGCUGGACCGCACGGACCCCGCGCUGUACCCGCGGUUCAAGAAGUGGUGCGACGAGUACUUCUGGAUCAAGCACCGGGGCGAGAGCCGCGGCAUCGGCGGCAUCUUCUACGACGACGCGGACGACCGCGAGCCGGAGACGCUGCUGCGGAUGGCGGAGGACUGCCUGGACGCGUUCGUGCCGGCGUACAAGACGAUCAUGCUGCGCCGCAAGGACAUGCCGUACACAGCCGCGGAGCACGAGUGGCAGCAGAUCCGGCGCGGGCGGUACGUGGAGUUCAACCUGGUGCUGGACCGCGGGACGCAGUUCGGGCUGCGCACGCCCGGGUCGCGGGUGGAGUCGAUCCUGAUGUCGCUGCCGGUGACGGCGCGGUGGGAGUACGACCACCACCCCGCGGAGGGCACGCGCGAGGCGGCGCUGCUGGAGGUGCUGCGGCACCCGCGCGAGUGGGUCGGGGAGUGA